AUGGUAAACCACGCGGUCAACAUGGUGGACAUGGUAGCGGUAGCCGAUGUGAAAGAAGAAUCCAACAGUAUCUCUACUGUUGAAAACACAGAGAAUCAUAUUACAGAAACAGAGCCAAAAAAUGAUCCACCCGAACAGAGUGAACAAAUUGUGAAUCCUCCUGAGUGCAGUAUUGCAGUGGAUAUUAAGGAUGUAAAACCAGAACCUUGUAAUGGUGAUGGAGUGGAAAUAAGGGUUACAGGAGUGGAAAAUAAAGUGGAUACGAUUAAAUCAAGUGGAGACGAAACUAAAGAGGAAACAAAACCAGAAACUCGCAAUGAAGAUAUUGCUAGAGAGGGAGUGGAAAAUGCAGAAGACAUCAAAAGUGAGGAUGAAGAAGAAGGAAGUCUGCUUUUGGAUGAUUUUCUUGAUAGCUUAGAUGUACUUGAUUCUUGGAAUCCAGAUGAAGAUGAACUAGAAGGAAUAGGUGAUGAUCAGACUCAAACAUCUCAAAAAGAUGGAAAAUCAAAAGAAGAAAAAUCUGAAAAAAAAGAAAGGGAAAAAAGAAGCAGCAGAAGAGAUUCUGACAGACGAUCUCGGCCUGGUGGAUCCCGAAGACGAAGCAGGGAGCGUGAUCGCGACCGAGAGCGAGACCGGGACCGAGAGCGGGAGCGAGACCGCGACCGAGAGCGGGAUCGCGAUCGCGAUCGCGACGUGCUGGACCUGCUGGGCCCCAAGGUGUCCUCGCGCCGGCGCUCGCUGCACCGCGAGUGCAGCCUGGAGCGGCCCGCGCGCCCCAAGCACUUCCAGGAGGACCUCAAGGACGUCAUCUCGCGCGAGGCCAAGGACAAGGACCACCGCCGCCGCGGCGACCGGCGAGGCGACCGUCGGGACAGGGACAAGGCCAGGGACAGGAAGAACGACAAGGAUAAGCCGGCGGUCAUGUUAAAUCCUGUGCACUUCGUGACUGAGUUCAGAACGAUUGCGGCGCUCCCGGUCACGUCGACGCACACCUGUACCAGGCGAAUCGCGUAGCUCAACUCACGGUCAUGCUCCAAACCGCCGUACCGGAGAGCAUGAGGCAUCCCCAUACAUGUAUGAACGGUUCUCCUCUCCAAGUUUGUCUUUUGAGCUCUCACCUGUGUCAUCUGGUGAUCGACUACGCUCAUUGAGCCGAUCUCGUAGUCGAGAAAUACGUCCUCCAACAAGGAGGGUUCGCCGCUCCUACACUCCCUCCUCAGAGUCUUCUUUGUCCCUAUCGCCUGAGCCCUAUCCUGACCAUUUGCGUCCCCGCAAGCGAAUUCCAUUUGUUAAAGAACUGGAGAAGAUGUUUGCUGGGAGACUGGAUGAAUAUUUUACUCCUACGUAUCGCAGUAACCAAGCAACUGGAUAUAAUGUAAGUUACUUUUCAGCAGAGUAGGAGUGUCGAAUGUAGCCUAAAAAGUGAAUUCUUCCUUCUAAUCUGUCUUGUGUAUUUUUUGCUGCUAAUUUAAUUAUUUCAUAGUUUUUUGCAAGCUAGAGGACCAAUAAUUACAUAUAAUUUCAUGUGUGGAAGUAGAGAAAAAUGUAGAAGACUUUUCCAGAAACAGUGGAAAUCAGGUCUGAUAGUUUUGUAAUUGCCUUAUAUUUAAUUAUAAUUGUAUUUGUGUAGUAAAUGAUGGUUACCAAACUUUUCUUUUUAUAAGUUGGUCAAAUAUUUUCUUUGUAGGAUGUUUUUUCAAUGUAGUUACUUCAAUGUCAUUCUCACUGAUCUCUAAAUGUAUCUUCAUAAUGUUGAAUGUUGUGAUGUUAGAGUGGCUUUAGGGGUAUAAAUUGAAAUCUUUUUGCUUUCUGACUUUGCUGGCAAGAUGAUAGGUUAAUUUAUCAUGGCUAUUUACAUACUUUUCCUUUUAUUUAAUAAUUUUUUAAAGAAACAGUAAAAUUGAAAAAGUUGAUUUAGAAUAAGCUUUCUGGUUUUUCAAAAAAAAAAACAUGUAAUGAAAGAUUAUUCUUUAGAGCCCAAAUGUUAAUUUACUUUUUUUUUAAUAUAAGAAAUGAAUAAGCUUAAUUACAACAGCAGAUCCAUUCUUCCAAACUUGAAUUUAUUAUAAAGAAUGAUAUGGUUAAAUGAAAUUUAUCCUAAAACAUUGAUGUAAAAUCCUAGAAUUAUACACCUAAGAAACAGCUCAUGAAUUACUAUCAGGUACACAACAGGUAUCAGGUAUAAUUUUUCACUAACUUUUGAAAUUGAUUCACCAUUUAAAUUGUUCUGUUCACUAUCACAUUCUUGCAGUGAUCUCUAGUAUAGUGGAACUUCAAUGAAUUGUUCUUGCAUUGGUCAUUUUCCCAGAAUCUCCAUUUUGAUUUUUCAAGAUUUGAAUCAUUAUUUCAAUCAUUUUUUUCUUCUGUUUGCAUUAUUCCUAAAUGGAAUUGUGCCUUUGUGUACAUGAAUUAUGGACUGUUUGUGCAGGAACAAGUUCAACUUUCUUAAAUUUAUUGUUAGAACAUGUUAGUGAUAGGGGUUUGAUUGAAUGCUUGAUUUCAAUCACUUUCUUGAUGAGAGUUCUGUGAGAGAUGAUUGACAUAAUAGAAGUAUUUUGGUUUCAAUAUGAGUAGCAUAAUUUUACAAAAUUGUAAAAUUAUGCGAAAUAGUCUGUGCUAUGAUGUAGCACCACUAGUGUUCUGUGAAUAAUGUAAUGUAAUGUAAUGCAAUAUGAAUAAAGUUAUUGUGAAUAAUGCGUUUAAAAGUUUAAUAAAUUCAGGUAUGACACAAAAUAUUCAUUUCC